UUGAAGUUGGAUUUUUAUGUAUCUGCUCUACUUAAACUUUUUUUAAGGUCAGUUUCUGACACAUGGAAAUUCGAUGAUUCUACUUCUAAGCGGAUGUUGCUUUUAUUUAUGGGGAUGUUAUUAUAAUUUACUCUGCAACAUUAGAAAACUUUGGAAUUAAGUGAUUCACUAUAGAUCCGUGAGCUUAUGCAUAAAUGCACACCUUCAGGUGAGCCUAUACUAAAAGGAAGCAGUUAUCCAAUGCCUCCUGGAUUUCAAUGGUUUUAUGACUAAAAUCACUCUUUGGUGUAUGACUUCGAAGCUCAACAAUUUCCAAAACCUAUAGAUAGUUUAAUAUAAAUGAUCACAAUGGCGUUUAUGUUAAUUGUCGUUUAGAUACCGUUAUUUUAUUCGAAAUUUCGACGUUUCACUAACCUGCGACAUGUCUGAAUUUCUAUCUAAUGUAAGUUAGGAAUGCCAUAUGCCAAUCAACCUAUCGUCACAUUAACAAGCUUUAACAAUGAAAACAUAAAGUUUAUACUGGAAGAGACUGAUUUAAGUGUAGCCAAUGCUAUUCGGCGUGUUUGUAUCGCUGAAGUCCCUACUCUUGCAAUAGAUUGGGUACAGAUUGAAGACAAUAAUACAAUGUUAAAUGAUGAAUUCAUUGCCCAACGUGUUGGGUUAAUUCCACUGACAUGUGAUAAUGUAGUUGAUAAAAUGACGUAUUUCCGAGAGUGUCCUUGCCGCGAAUUCUGUGAACAAUGUUCCGUUGAACUUACAUUGGAUGUAUGUUGUACUACGGAUGCACCAAGACAUGUUACAGGAGCAGAUCUCAUCAGCAGUAACCGUGAUGUACAACCUGUACCAUCAAGAGAUGCUGAUGACUCGUCAUACGUCGGUCAGGAAUCCAUACUAAUUGUUAAAAUGCGCAAGGGGCAACGCCUGAAAUUAAGAGCGAUCGCAAAAAAAGGUUUUGGUAAAGAGCAUGCAAAAUGGAAUCCAACUGCUGGUGUAGGGUUUGAAUACGACCCAGAUAAUGCCUUAAGACAUACAUUUUUACAUAAACCCGAAGAAUGGCCACGUUCGGAAUAUUCAACUUUACCGGAAAAUGAACAUCAGGCACCCUAUGAUCCAACUGGAAAGGUGAGAUACUUUUUCAAGAUUUAAUGCCUUAAUUAUUUGCAUGUAUAACAAUCACACAAUGUACUAAUGAAUAGUCUAAGGCUUUCGAUAUCAUCCAUUGGAAUACUUGUUCAAACCUACUUCAACCUGUAUAAUUUAUGUAAGGAGCAUGAAUUUAGCCUAACAGUCAAGUUUUGGUUUCAUUAGGGAAUGAAUAACCUAUAAAAUUGAUACCACCUAUCGCUCAUUGGUGAGAUAAAAGUUUGUCUCGUUUAUCUUUUCAUACGGUAUUUAGUAUAUUAUGUGACUGGUUUUGAGUGGUUUGUUCCCAGAACACUAUUUACUAAGAACGUCCUUCUUGCAGGUUCCGUUUUUUAUUUGCAACUGCUGUCCUAACUUAUUAACUUCAACUGGACUUAGCUGUGUCGGAACAGUAAAUCAUUUGUUAAAGAUGAUACCUCAAGAUAUGUUUUCGCGACACCUGAACUCCAAAUUAGUCUAGUUGUGGCACCCAAAACAUUCUUUCGUUAAUCAUACAACAACAUAUUCUAUGGUGUAACAGACGAUCAUCUUAAACUUGAAUUAGUUAACAGAAACGUAUAUUGAAAAUGUUUCGUUAUCACGAAUUACAAUUUAACAAUUAUCUUUACAUACGUUUGUACAGAACCAAGGCUAUCUAGUACGUCGUUCAUUAAAUAUUAGUAGGUCUGUGUUACGUUCCUCAGACAGAAAGUUAUGUAUGAGUUCAAAACACUCUGUUUCAAGUUUUUCUUAGGAGAUGCAGUUGUGUCACUUAAGAAAACCAUUAAGUAGAUGUAAAUAAGGAGUAGAAGUCUUUUGUGAUUUUCAUCUCAAGGUGCUUAUGUUUACCAGUUGGAUUGCAACCGUAUUUAAGGAGCAUGUGUAACGUGAAUGUCUGUUUAUUUAUUUAUUUUAACACAUAGAUAUUGGUACAAGGAGGCACCAAAUACAUAUGCGCCACACAAAUCUUAUCCGAUAUGUGUGAGGGCUGUGAUACUGCCCGGGUGCCCAAACCGAAGCAGGUGGUUUUCUUAGGGGGUCACUCUCCAAGCCUUCGACCUGAAGGUCUGGUCCACAAGGCAGUGGAGCAUCGUGAGGAGAUGCAAUCCCAUGGUAGCCGGUGACCAACAAUUGGUUCAUAGGCCAUUUGUUCCUUCAGGAUACUGGAGCCCAUGUGCACCAUUGGUUUGGAAUCCGGUUAAAGCGCCGGACAUUCGCUUUUCGUCCUCUCAUUUUCGUAAGCAACACCCCCGCCACGAGAAGGCAGUGAGUAGGACUUCCCUGGCAGAGACUAUAUACGCGUGGCCAUGUGAGA